AUGGGGCAUCGGCACCGUUCUUCACUGAAACAACACAACAAGGCCUUCAAAGGUUCUUCUUCGAAGCCGAAGAGCCUGAAGGAAAAGCGAAAGGCCGCAGCAGCAAAUGCCCUAGCGCUUUCUGCUAACAGAGGCGUCACGAAGGCGGGUCGAUUGCAGCAAUCGAAACGGCGCCGCCUUCAGCAACUUCGCGAUCUGCAUCAGAAGCGAGCAGCAAGUAGCGAAGGCCCCCCCCCAAAAGUAAUUCUCCUCCUGCCCUUCUCCGAUGCCGUCUCUGUUGAUAAGGUGUUUCAUGCUCUAGCUCAGGAGCUGCUGAGCAAUGAUGCGAAUUCCGCUGUCGAGGCGGCUCCCGAGAUUUUGUCCAUGGAGGAGGAUGGGCCCCCAUCGAUCAACAGCGCAGCGCUGGAAUCAUCAGCUGCCCCUUUGGAGCAGCAUAGCCGCUAUUUGUAUACGCUGCCCGCCUACGCGCGCAACCCUAUGAUACCGAAAAAGCAUCAGCAGCAGAUACUGAUGGUUCCUGCCCCCCGCAUCUGCGCCUCAGGCAGCGAACGGGAGAGCAGCAUGCACCAUGAAGGGGCAUCUCCAGAGAGGCCAAGUGAACUUUUACGCUACAUGGAUCUCUGCAGCAGCUGUGACGUGCUAGUGUGCCUCUUUGGAGGCCACUGCUCGUACGAAAACAGCGCCUUCAGCGAACAAGGCUACAAGGUUCUGAAGGCUCUCAAACUGCAGGGCCUGCCCCCCUCAGUCAUUGGCAUCGGCUGCACAGACGCUGCCGUUCUAGAGCCAGGCAGAGCAGUGGAAGGGAAAGGGGCAGUCACCGAAAGCACGAAGUUCAUGAGGCGCUUUUUCGAGUCCGAAUUCGGCGCUGAACGGAAGUUCUUUGGGGUUGGGGCUUCCACGGAUUGGAGCAGUGUCUUGAGGGCGUUUGGUGCUGCUGCUAGCGUGGAACAAGUUAAUCUUCAGGAGAAGAGCAUAAGUAAACGUGCGGAGGCAGCGGCUUUCAGGCAAAGAGGCCACCUCCUGGCCCUCAGCUGGCGCGUAGCAUGGCAUCGCUUGUCAAGCGAUGCUGCAACAGAACCCGAGCCGUGUCUUGAGGUUUCUGGAUUGGUGCGUGGGGCUGGCUUAACAUGCAAGCUUCCGGUGCAUAUUACGGGUGUCGGUGACUUUGUGCUCACGCGAAUAGAGGCUAUAGAGUCUAGUGCACCCAAACGGCGGGAGCCAGCCGGGCUAGCCGACUCGGCGGCGCGAAACAGCGAGACCUUGGGGACUGAUCUGCAAGGAGUAGUGGAGGCAUCACAACCCCUGCAGCCGCUCGACAUGGCUGCCAUGGAACAGACUUGGCCUACAGCGGAAGAGAUUUGCGGAGAGGAUAGAGCGUCUGAGCCCUCCAGGAGACGCGUUAGGGUUCCCAAGAAUGUAGGGGAUUAUGAACGCGCUUGGCUGGAGUCUGACACUGACGGCUCUCAUUACGGCAGUGGGGACGAGGAGCAGAUGCACAGCGGUGACGAAAUUCAAGUGGAAGAUGGCAUUGCCUCUGACAGUCAGCCCGCCCCCCUCUCGCACACACCUGACGACGUCGAUGACGAUUGGAAGCUGCUUGAGAGCGCAGAGCAACACAGCAUGAGGGAAGACAACGAAGCGUAUGCAACUCAACGGCGGGAAGCGGCAGAGAUGGAAAAGGACUUUCCAGACCAAAUGGAUACGCCACUGGAUAUCCCUGCGAAAGAGCGCUUCCAGAAGUACCGAGGCCUGAAGAGCUUCCGUUCAUCCCCAUGGGCUAAGAACGAAGAUCUACCGUUGGAAUAUGGCCGCAUCAUCGAAGUCUCGAGCCUUAAGGGCUUGGCGCGCUAUGCACAUCGCGCGCAUGCGGAGCUAUGCCAAGUGUCAUCCGGUUUCGCCGGCCGCUUUUGUCGCCUGUGGCUGCCUCUGCGUCACUCAUACGUGCUAAGGCAGAUGGUGCAGCAGCAACAGCCGCAGCUGGAAGGCUCAGAUCUUGACAACGCACUGAUCACUGCAAUGGGAUGCCGACUAGCUAACCGCUUCGCGGUCUCAAGUCUGAACAACACCGGCCCCCCCCCCUGUGCCAGUGCAGAUGGCGAUCUAAUGUUGCCCGACUUCCUCCUACUGUCGCAGCUUUUGCAGCAUGAGAGCCAGGUAGCAGUGGUUCACUCACAAGUAACGUUCUGUGAUGAGGAGGCACUGAAGGGCAAGGAUCCGGUGUUGAUGGCGUGCGGAUUUCGCAGGUUUCCAGCAUCCCCUAUCUAUUCUGAAGAGCCUAGGCAAGGCAUACGUAGUGCAGCGAAGUGGAAACUUAAGCGAUGGGCUGAACCUGGCGCAACUCUCACAGCCACCGUGUAUGCGCCCCUGGUGCUUCCACCCUCACCUUGUAUUAUGCUUAGAAGCGAGAAAACGGCAUCUGACGGCGUGCGCGUUAGCGCUUGGGGCUCAGUACUGCCAGCGAAUAAAGCGAGCAGCCGAUUAAUCAUCAAGCGCGUGCUUCUUAGCGGCCAUCCGUUCAAGGUUCACAGACGCAAAGCAGUUGUCCGAUUCAUGUUUUUCAAUCCUGACGACGUGCGGUGGUUUACACCCAUAGAGCUGCACACUAAGAAAGGGCUUCGCGGGAACAUUGUGGAACCCUUGGGUACCCAUGGCUACAUGAAAUGCAAGUUUAAUGAUUAUCUUAAACAGAACGACGAGGUGUUGCUGCCCCUGUACCGCCGUGUAUUCCCAAAGUGGUAUCCUGAGUCAUGGGGUGGCUCGCCAAAUCAGCAGCCAAUGGACUAA